CGGAAGUAGUGGUUGCUAGGGCUGCAUAGCAACAGAGCAGCUGUAAUUUCUAACGUGGUUCUUCACUUUGUGAGUUCAUCAGUUCGACGUUUCUUCUCUUGUCCACAGUAAAGAAUAUUAAUUACAACUUGUUGCUGUCAGUAACGUGUUGAAGAAAGGGUUCCUGAAUCUCGUUUUGAAAAUAUUUACACCGAAUGGAUAAUCUACCCAAAGAACUUAAAGAAUUUUUGCACUUUGAAGAUCUGACUAACUGGCCAGAGUUACUCCCUGAUGAAGAUGAGUUUCAAAUGAAUAUUAAGCCUGGUGUAUUUAGUUCAUAUGAAUCAACUGUGCAAUACAUUCAUGAAAAUGUACCUUUCCAAAUGGAGAUUCUCGAUGAUAUUGAGCAAAAGAUUAGUGAGUUUGUAUCACGAUUGGAAAGAUAUUCCUCAAAACUUCUGUCAGAUAAACCUAGGGAAUCUAAGAUCAACGAGCAUCAAAUCAAUACAUCAUCAUACACUUUUCUAACACAAAUGAAGGAUUCUGAUGCGUUACUAACACAUCCCAGCCGAAAGCUUUCUGAAGAACUUUCUUUUGCACGCAUGGGCAAGACUGUUGAGGCUGAACGUUUCCCAGGCUUCAAACCAUUUGAGUUUACAGAACUUCCUGGACACACUGAGGCUAUUCAACUGCUAAGCUUGAUUUGGAGGACUCAGAAGUUUAAUCUUCAAUAUCAAAUUACCUUGAAAAAGCUGGUUCUCUCAACUUCAUCUGGUGCCAUUCUUCAGGAUGCAUUUUGGUGGUUCUUCCUUUCCAAGUUUCAGCCUUCCCAAGAAGAUCAAGAUCACCUGUUUAGCAGAAUUGCUGAUAGUUUUGUGACACUUUUUAUGACAUGCCCUCCUCUGGUGCUUGAUUCAUUAUUAGAGGUAUAUCCUGGUUACUUAGCUCAAGCUGUCUUUGCAAUUUUCUACAAGUCUUACCCAGAAUCUCACAACCGUUUUGGGGAUGAAUUUAAAAAUGAGCUAACUGAACUCUUUUCACUUUGGAUCACAGGGCUAAAGCCAGUACCAUUUUCUUGGAAAGAAUGGAACUUGGAAUGGUUCGUGAAGUCAUUCAGCAAGAGAGGAUCUGACAGAAAGGAGAGAAUUCUCCGUGAAUUAGAACUCAAAUCAGCUAAGUUGACUUUGGAUUUUGACCUUGAUGAGCUAACGAAAGAAGAUGCAAGAAAUCUGAUCCAGAAAGAUAUGUUAACUCCAAAAACCACAAGUACACUUCAUGCUAAGACUGAGUCAUCUUAUGUUGGUCACGGUCCUGAAUUUCAACAUAUACUUUUAAGACUUUCUGGUCACAGCCCUCUGGUUGCUCACUUUCUGAACAUGAAAAAGAUUGCAGGUAGAAGUUUGAGCACCGCAGGACCAAAAAUGAUUUGCACUGAAAUUUCCAAAAAUCCGCCACCCUCUCCAACCUAUCAAGAUCUAAUCAAAGAAACAAAGAAACAAAGUAAAGAGCGCCACCAGAAAAUCAUUGAUUUACACGAGCAAACCCAAAAGGCACUUGCAACAUUAAGAAGGGAACGAAUCCAGUUUAACAACAAAAUAGACAGGCUGAAAAAAAAGUUGUCCAAUGGCUUGGAAGACAAGAUUGAGUCAAUUCCCAGCAAAUCAUUAAAAUCAAUUGAGGAUUUCGACCAUGAUCCAACAGACUUUCAAAUUGCAUCAGGGAGCGGUGAAGAAUAAAUUAUACCUGGGGAUUCAGAGGUGGCAAUAGGUGCAGAUCAGAAUAUUGGACUUACAUUUUGGUGUCCCUGAUCUGUGGUGCGUGGAGCUGAGAUGAUGCAGCAGACAUUGCUGGAAAUGGAGUAGCAGGACUGAAGGAGUUGACCCUAGGUGACCAUCAUUGACUGCAGUUUAAAGUAUUGGAAUUUCACAGCUGAAGCUUUGUAAUCCCAAAUAAAGAAAUUACAGAUUCUACAAAUCAUUCGCAAUAUAUUUAAAUUGUUCUCUAACUAGGAUCCAUGAGGGAUUCCCCCCCCCCCAACCACCACCACCACCUCCAUGUGAAUAUUAAUCAUACUAAACAAUACAAACCUAAACAAAUCUAAGUAACAAGCAUAAUCCUAAACUAAGGACAGCAAAUUUGGAAGAUGCCAGAAGGAAUAUUUACUCUGUUUGAAUGGCCUUAUCAUCGCUUUGGGAAGCUCACUAGCAGCUCAUGUUCAAAAUUAAGUCAGUUAAGAAAUCGAAACAGGAGCUCAUUGGGCUAUUUAAUAAGACCAUGGCCAAAAGAAUACAAUAACACCACUAUCCCCAAAUUCCAGAGGAUCGAAUAAAACUUUGAUUAGCUUUCUCGUUCUUCACUGUCAAUUCUGGCCCAAAAUCAUGGGAAAUACUUUUCUUCUUUGAUUCCUACAAGGUCUCCAUUUCAAUUUCAAAUUUACUAACUAUAGGACUCUGUCUAUCACUAAAUGGAAGUCUCAUUCCUAAAAUACAAUCAGUGUGUAAUAUUGUGAUGUGUUUUAUUUAUUUGCUUAAGGAACACUACUCUGACAUUACAGUACGAACAUUAAUCUGUUUCAAAAGUUCCAUUAGUGGCAUGAAGCUUCACUGAUGGUAACCACAGGCCAUAAAAAAUCACACCUGCAUCCUUGUGAAACGUGAGUUGCAUUGUGCUAAACUUUCACUGCAAUUUGGCAGAGAAAGUUAGGCUGCACUACAGUUAUACAGGGGUCUUAUGUAACUUGGUAACUUCAGUCCAAAGCUGAAUUUUCUAGUUCAAU